CCUGCGCUCAUCCCCCCCUCCUCUCCGGGCUGGAUACAUAAUUCACUCCUUGUCUCUCCCCUUGGAGCCGUUUUUGCUGUGCAGUCAACAUGCACGGCAGGCUGAAGGUGAAGACAACGGAGGAACAGGCGGAAGCCAAACGCGUCGAGCGGGAAAAGAAGCUUUGCCAAUAUGUGACCGCCACCAAAGCCAUUUUUGAAAAGAGGAAAAUGGGCCAACUGGACAAGGAGGCCUUGGAGCUGACCAGCCAGGUCUUGGGCGCCAACCCGGACGUCGCCACCCUCUGGAACUUCCGCCGGGAGAUCUUCCUUCACCUGGAGGAGGAGACGCCGGACGAGAUGCAAGCCCUGUGCAAGGCAGAGCUCUCCUUCCUGGAGUCCUGCCUGCGCGUCAACCCCAAAUCCUACGGAACGUGGCACCAUCGUUGCUGGGUGAUGGAGCACACCCCCGAGCCGGAUUGGGCCCGCGAGCUAGAGCUCUGUGGCAAGUUCUUGGAGAUCGAUGAACGCAAUUUUCACUGCUGGGACUACCGGCGUUUCGUGGUGCAGCGGUCGCAGGUCUCUCCCCAGGACGAGCUGGCUUUCAGCGACAGCCUCAUCACCCGGAACUUCUCCAACUACUCCUCCUGGCACUAUCGCAGCCUCCUCCUCCCGCAGCUCUACCCUGAUUCCCAGCAGCAAGGCCGGAUCACGGAGGAAAUCCUUCUGAAAGAGCUGGAGCUGGUGCAGAACGCCUUCUUCACUGAUCCAAACGACCAGAGCGCCUGGUUCUAUCAUCGCUGGCUCUUGGGCAGAGCCGAUCCGGAACCGACGAUUCGCUGCAUCUACGUCAGCAGAGAGGACAACUCCUUAGCGGUCGCCUUCUCUCACCCCGUGACAGUGGUCCCGGCCUCUCACGACCUGAUUGUGUUCGGAGAUGAAUCCCCGCUGGUGGUCCGUUGGCGCACGCCGGACGGAAGGAACAAGCCUGGGUUCAUGUGGCUGUGCGACUUGCCGGCUUCGGCCCUCAAUGACCACUGGCCCCAGCACACUUUCCGGGUCCUUUGGGCCGAUGGGCAGGCCCAGAAGGAGUGUGUCCUCUUCAAAGGCCACAAGGAUUGCUGGAGCCAAGAUUCAGUCACUGAGGAACAAGUGUUCAGGUGCGAACUCUCCAUCGAGAAGUCGACUGUGCUCCAGUCUGAACUGGAAUCCUGCAAGGAACUGCAGGCCUUGGAACCUGAGAACAAGUGGUGCCUCUUGACUAUCAUCCUUCUCAUGAGAGCCUUAGACCCCUUGGUUUAUGAACAUGAGACCCUCAGCUACUUUACAACCUUGAAGGCCGCUGACCCCAUGCGCUCGGCCUACCUGGACGACCUGCGCAGCAAAUUUCUGAUCGAGAACAGCAUCCUCAAGAUGGAGUACGCGGAGUCCCGGGUUGUGGACCUGUCACAGCGGGGUCUCACCAUCCUCUGCCACCUGGAGCACCUGCUGCUGGUCACGCAUAUGAACCUCUCAGACAACCUCCUCCGCACCUUGCCCUCGACUCUGGCCAUGAUGCGCUGCCUGGAGGUGCUGGAGGCUGACGACAACCGGAUCGAGACCCUCGAAGGGCUGCCCAUGCUCCCUCGCCUGGAAGACCUCUCGCUCUGCAACAACCGCAUCCAGCGGCCCGCUGACCUCCGCCCCCUGGCCUCCUUCCCCAAACUCACCCGUCUCGACCUUCAAGGCAACCCACUCUGCCGAACCCCCGGGGCCCAAUCGGAGCUCUCCGUGCUGCUGCCAAAUGUGACCACCAUCCUCACCUGAGCGGCAUGCAGGGGACCUCCCCUCCCCCACCCAAAAUCAAGCCCAUCCCUCCCCCUCCGCACUGACGUCUUUAAUUUAUUGGCAUGAGGAAAUUAAACAAACCACGGGUUGGCGUUU